AUGGAGAAGAUGCUGCGUCUGCGAUGGUGGAUUUCCCUUUUGUGCGUCUAUGGGAUGAUGCGCGUCGCUCACCAAACCUCCACUGAACCAAAUGGAGACGCCUUGUCGCGCCUGAAAUCGGUGCGUAAUUCGGACAGGUUCAUUGUAAAGGAGGACACGGUGCCGGUUCGCCUGCUCUACAGCCGACACAACCACAGUCAGAUCGGUCAUGACGCGCUCAGCACCCGGGUCAGACACGGCUCCGGCUCCUCGCAGGUGAACCACGUGGCCUCAGCAGCUUUUCAAGUCGAUGCAUUUGGACGAAGGUUUAUUCUGGACGUGGAGCUUAAUCAUGAUCUCCUAUCAUCUGACUACGUGGAGAGGCAUUUAUCCGAAAAGGGGACUGCUGUUUCCACAAAUGGAGGAGAGCACUGCUACUAUCAGGGGAAGAUCAGGGACAUCCCUCAGUCCUUUGUGGCUCUAUCCACCUGCCAUGGGUUACAUGGGCUGUUUUUUGAUGGCAAUCACACUUACAAGAUUGAACCCAGAGAACAAGAAAGCAAAGAUGGAGAUGACCAAAUUCAUAUCAUUUACAAGUCGCCAGGUCAGGAGGGGCUUGGCAGUUUACUAAAUGGUGAUCUUCCAGAGCCGCCAUUUCCAAGUCCUCCUUUCCCAGGAUCUAAAGUUGUACAAAGGAGGAAAAAGAGACAGGUUUCGCGUAUGUCACGUAAAGUUGAAGAUGAGACCAAGUACAUUGAGUUGAUGGUGAUAAAUGAUCAUAUAAUGUUCAAGAAGCAUCGGCUUUCACCAGGGCACACAAAUAACUAUGCUAAGUCAGUGGUCAAUAUGGCUGACAUGAUUUUCAAAGAGCAGCUGAACACGCGAAUAGUCCUAGUUGCCAUGGAAACCUGGGCGGCCGACAACAAGUUCAACAUUGACGACGACCCCAUGGAGACGCUGAAGGAGUUUAUGAAAUAUCGAAAAGACUUCAUCAAAGAGAAAUGUGAUUCUGUGCACCUUUUUUCAGGGAACCAAUUUCACAACCACUGGGGAGGAGCGUCUUACAUGGGAGGGGUCUGCUCUCUCACUAAAGGAGUUGGAAUUAUUGAGUUUGGCAAACAGGAGGUAAUGGCCAUCACGCUGGCUCAGACUCUCGGACAGAACAUUGGCAUCUUUUCUGACCAGAAACGCAUCUUGAAUCGUGAGUGCCAGUGUGAUGAUCGGUGGGCAGGCUGCAUCAUGGAAGAUAUGGGUUACUACCUGCCCAAGAAGUUCUCCAGCUGCAAUAUUGAGGAGUACCACAACUUCCUGAACAGCGGCGGAGGAGCCUGUCUCUUCAACAAACCAAUGAAGCUGUUGGACCCUCCUGUGUGUGGAAACGGGUUUGUGGAGCCAGGGGAAGAGUGUGACUGUGGGAGCCCAGCAGAAUGUGCUCUUGAAGGGGAGAACUGCUGCAAACAGUGCACCCUGACACAAGGUUCAAAGUGCAGCAAUGGACUCUGCUGCAACAACUGCCAGAUGGCGUUUAUGGGUGCAGUGUGCAGAGAGGCAGUGAAUGAUUGCGACAUACCAGAAAGCUGCACAGGGAAUUCUGGAGAGUGUCCAGCAAAUGUGCACAAAAUGGAUGGUUACACCUGUGAAAAGGACCAGGGGCGCUGCUUCAAUGGUCGGUGCAAAACCAAAGACAGACAGUGCAAAUACAUAUGGGGAGAGAAGGCAACAGCAGCUGAUAAAUUUUGUUACGAGAAACUCAACAUUGAAGGAACAGAAAAAGGAAACUGUGGGAAAGAUAAAGACACAUGGAUCCAGUGCAAUAAACAAGAUGUUCACUGUGGAUACCUGCUGUGCUCAAACAUCUCCCCUGCACCGCGCCUCGGCGAGCUCCAGGGGGGGCUCACGUCCUUCACAGUGGCCCAGCAUAGUGCCUCUUUGGACUGCAGUGGCGCUCAUGUCCUGAUCAAUGGAGACACAGACCUGGGUUAUGUGGAGGACGGGACGGCCUGUGGGACGGACCACAUCUGCUUCAAUCACAAAUGUCUCCCCAUUCAACAGUUUAACUUCAGCACCUGCCCCGGGACCACCGACAAGGCCAUCUGCUCUGGACACGGGGUUUGCAGUAGCGAUCUAAAGUGUGUGUGUCACUUGGGCUGGGCUGGAGACGACUGUAACUCCACUUCUCCAGUGGGCUACCUCGCUGUGGGACCCACCGCCCCCGUUUCAGGGAUCACUAGCACCAACAUCAUCAUUGGGGCCAUUGUGGGCUCUAUCCUGUUUCUUGCUCUAAUCCUGGCGGUCACAGCCUGGUGCUACAAGAGCUACAAGCAGAAGCGUUAUGAGGAGUCUGAGGUCCAUCGAAGAUUCUGCCGGCAAAUCCCUCCUGGAGACUAUGUGACGAAGCCCAGUGACGCAGACUCGUUCUACAGUGACAUGCCUCCGGGCGUCAGCACUAAUUCAGGCUGCAGCUCCAAGAAGAGGUCAGCCUGCCUGUCCCACCUGCAGCUCUGCACCCUCUCCUUCACCCCCUCCAUCCCAUCAUUCUCACAGAACCUCUCAGUGUUUGGCUUCAGAUCCAAUGGGUUGUCCCACUCGUGGAGUGAGAGAAUCCCAGAUGCCAAACAUAUCUCUGACAUCUGUGAGAACGGCCGGCCAAGGAGCAACUCCUGGCAAGGAAAUCUGAGCGGCAAUCGUAAGAAACUGAAAGGGAAGAAGUUUCGUGCUCGCUCAAACUCCACAGAGACCCUAUCUCCUGCCAAGUCUCCCACCUCUUCUACGGGGUCUAUUGCCUCGAGCAGGAGAUACCCCUACCCCAUGCCCCCCCUCCCCGAUGACCAGAGGAAAGCCAGGCAGAGUGCCAAGCUUUGGGAAACAUCAAUAUAACUGCACCCUGAUCUGCAACGAUGAAGGAAGCUCACUUUUUCUAUGGGUAACACAAGUUGCUGAAAUGACUCUCUUUGAUUGAGGCGAUUGAGAGGAGGAUCUACACAGACGUACAAUAUCUGAGGUGACUUCAGUGAACAAGCAACGCAGGACCCAAACUGGUCUUUUGGUUCAUGUUUAGUGGAUGAGUCUGCACUGAGAUCUCCAUUCUUUCCUGAAGAGAAGACUGAGCAGUUGAGAUCUUUUUCCAUAUAGGGACCGGAAACCACUCUGACCCUUGAGCUUUGAACUCCACACGGCUCUCACACUCAAUCCAAGUAACCCUUUUUGCCUUUUGGGGGGCAUAUACUUAACUUUACAACGUAACACACUAGGAGCAGACCAUCUCAAUAUCUGUUCAACCAUUUCGACGCACGUGAACCACUAUAGACACUCCUACACUGUAUGCAUGGGAAAGCCCCGAGAUGGAGGUGGUGAAGGACAGUGGACUUUGCAGAACGCAUGGUGUUUUGAUACUACCAGGCUUUCUUUACACGAUAAGUAACCCAUAUUUUAUCAGCAAAUCGUAUAGCCCCAAUCAUGAACAUUUGUAAAUAUGUACAGUCUCACCCAAUCUGCUUUCUUACACUGGGAAAGUAGAAUUGUGUUGUUGGCAGACACUAGAAACUCAUAAUUUUGUGUAUUUUUCAUGCUGUAAGUGUUAAAAAUUGUCUCCUCCUUUUGCAAUUCCCUGUCUGAAAGGUGCCCUAAUGUAACUUUUCUCAUCUCCAUGGCAUCAUUGCUUUGUCUGGAAUAUUCCAAAGUAUGGCAUUACACUUAUUUAUCAAGCACUAUUCCAUUACUUGUAUUUUGAUUGUACAACACGUAUCCUUGCAGUGAAAGUUGGUCAGCCCACCAGAUCACUUUGCCAAAUAAGCCUUACUGUGGAAUAUUCCAUACAAAGCAAUGACAUCUCCAUGGAGACAAGCAGAAAAGUUACAGAGUGGACCUUUAAAACCACACUGUAAUGUUUUUAAUAUGUCUGAGCACCAGUUUUGCCAUCAUAGAGAAAGUAUUAAUUUGAUGCAGGUUGCGCAGCACUUUAUGAAGAUAUGGGUAAAGUAUUCAUUGAUUUUAUGUACAGUUAAUUGUGCCAUUAUUGGAUGUGAUGACUAGACUGAGACGUGUUUGGUGUAGUUAGAAAUAAUUUUCACAAACUUCCAAAAUCCUUCCCUCUCUAUAGUAUUUAAUUCAAAUAUAUAUGGAUUAUUUUGGGACCACUGUGCUACUAUUUUAAUUUAUUGAAGCAUAUUUGGUCGCUGAAAUUGGCAGAUUUUUAUUAGACUAACGUGAGUGAUUGAAACUGUAAGAAAACUGUGAUUGAAAAUGCAUUUUGGUUUAGCUGCAGUGAAAUUUUUAGCCUUGUAAAUUCUGCUGUAUUGUGCUUGCUGUUUGAGCUUAUGAAGAUAUGAUUACCAACAGCAUGACUGCGCCCUAUUUCAAAUAAUUUCUUAGGAGUGAUAAGACCAUGGCAUGUCACUGAAAGACCCCCUUACAAUUUACACAAUAUCCAAAAAUAUUUGUGAAUUCAACUUAUUUUUUGUAUUUAAAAAAUGCACCAUUCUUGUACAAACAUGUGAGAAAGCCUAAUGUUACUUGUCCUCCAUUUUGUUCUGAUGUGGCACUUCAUGUGUAACAGUUAGGGUUGUGUAGGUGACCUGCCUUUCACAGUAUUAAACCAACUACAGUAAUUUUUAUUAUAUAUCUUUGUAAUAAUUUAUUUUUGUCAGCAUUCAAACCGUGAUUAAGUGCAUUAUUGUAAAUGUGUGUUGAUAAUAACAUGGAGAGGAGCUGUGUUUGAUAAAUGCAUUUGUUCCAGGAGCUGAAAAGGCAGUUGUUUUUCACUUCAGUAUAAAGGGCAAACCUAUACAGAGCUUUCUGAUAGGUUGCAUUCACAUGAUUUUCUAAAAAGACCAUAAAUUAAAAUUGAGCAUGUAAGAAUUCUGUACGAAAUUUCCUCUUUAGCUUGUAUUUGCAAAUGUUUUGAUCUAGUUUAUGGUUAAUAUCUCUAAGUCUAUUCACAUGAAACAAAAACUGUCCAACAUCUCGUGACAGCACAAAUAGACUAAGGUGGAUUCUUUCCCACAAUAAUCAAAGGGUUCCUCAUUCAGUCACAAGCCACAAUUGUUGUAAAUUAAAAGGAAAUCCAGUACACUGAUGUGGCACGUCUGUGGAAUAUAAUGAGGUCCAACAUUUAUGGAUUAUCAGUUUGUAUAUUUCCCAUGUAUAAAGAAAUAUACGCACCUACCCUCCAACUGAAACAUCAUGUAACAUCAUAAAAUAUUUAAAAAUGUGAAUGCACCCUAUUAGCCUAAUAGUUUUGUCUUGUGGCUGUGAUGAGAGAGAAAUACCAUGGGCUGGGCAAAAUGUGGCUAUUGAUCUCCUGCCCAGCCUUCAAACUGCUCUGCCCAAUCUCAGCUUGGUCUCUGGGUCAGAGACGUGAAUGUAAAAUGUAAAACACUCUCUCAGCUAUUUACUCCAAAGGCCAAAUGUACUGAUCCACUAUAUCCACACUGCUGUUAAAGUCCCUUUGUAAUUUUGUUUUGCCUGUAAUGCUGUAAAGACUGAUGAUGCAAAAAUC